AUGGCACAGGGAGAUUAUCCAGUAAUAUUUGAGGAGACGACAUCAGAUGGGACCACCAUAAUCAAUUAUGAAAAUGCAACUGCACUGUUCUUAAUUACUGUUAUGAUGAUCAUCACCUUCUCAAUAAUGGUGAUUUGUGGCGUGUUGACGGCAAGAAUGUUGCGGAAAACCACCAUGAGCAAGAAAAUGUUCGAGAUUCAAAAACAACUCUUGAAAGCAUUGACGGUACAGGCGCUGAUACCUUUUGCGCUCGCCUACAUGCCUCGCUUUGUUAUGUUCUUCUUCGUGGUCAUGGGAUAUCCACCACUAAAGAUUUUUUCGUACACACCUUUGAUUAUAACCUUGUACACGGUACUGGAUCCUAUAGCGAUCAUAUUGUUCGUCAAUCACUACAGACUAGCCGUAGUUGAUAUGGUAGUGGUACCAUUUCGGCGAACGUCUGUCGGUUCCACAAUAGAAAUACAGCCAAUGUCAACACGUUCGUCAUAUGCGGAUAUUCAUCGCGCGACAGAAACGGCUUUCACGCACACUUGGAAAAGAUCAUUGUGA